AUGCCAGCAAAAACCGUCUCUCUCUCAGAAGCCCCAUUAGAGACCACGAAAUACUGUUUCUCAGACGACUACAGCGAAGGCGCCCACCCUCUCCUUCUAGAAGCACUGGUAACCAGCAACACCACCCAACAAACCGGCUACGGCAAUGACAUCUACACCUCCCAAGCCCGCAGCCACAUCCUCCGCUUACUUCAAGUGCCCCAAAAUGAAAAUGCUGCUCAGAGCACGGGAGUCUUCUUCGUCCCCUCGGGAACCUCAGCAAACAUCAUCUCCAUAUCGGCCUCGCUCCGGCCCCACGAAAGCGUCAUAGCCUCCACCACCGGCCACAUCGUCAUGCGCGAAACGGGAGCCAUCGAGGCCACCGGUCACAAAAUCCUCACAGUCGAACCCGAACUCCGAACGGGGAAGCUGACGCCGAAAAGUAUCCAAAAGGUCGUAGCAGAGAACUGGCAUUACCCGCACAUGGCCAAACCUCGCAUGGUGUACAUUUCCAACGCGACGGAAAUGGGCACCGUGUAUCGUAGAGCGGAAUUGCAAGCGAUCAAGCAGGUUUGUGAGAGGGAGGGAUUGUUAGUGUUGAUGGAUGGGGCGAGGCUGGGGACGGCGAUGGCGAGUCCGAAUAAUGAUGUGGAAUGGAAAGAUGUGUGGGAACUGACGGACAUUUUCUGGAUUGGGGGAACGAAGAAUGGGGCGUUGUUGGGUGAGGCGAUUGUGGUGAAGGAUGCGGCUUUAGCGAGAGAUUUUGAGUUUUACAUCAAGAGGCAUGGUGCGUUACUUGCCAAGGGAAGGAUUAUGGGGACGCAGUUUGAGGCUCUGUUCCGGGAUCGAGAGGGAUCUGAUACGACUUUGUUCGAGGAGUUGGCGGAAAAAGCGAACAGGUCUGCGAGACUGUUGGCGAAGAGGAUUGGAGAGGCGGGAUUCACAUUGGAGGCGGAGUGCGAAACCAAUCAGGUUUUUGCGGCUUUGCCUCGGGGAGUCGUGGAGAAGUUGAAGGAGAGUUUUGAAUUCUAUGAGUGGGAAUCGAGACUGGACGGGAUGGUUGUGGUGAGGUUGCUGACAUCUUGGGCAACUGAUGAGGCGCAGAUCGAGAAGUUUGGGGAGGUAUUGCGGAGGUGGAGAGCUGGGGAAGUCAGUGAAAGCAUGAUAUGAAACAUGAUGUUGCAGUCUGGAG